AUGACCAAAAAGAAGAUGCUACAACUCGAGCAGAAGCGCACCAACAUCCUAGCGGCGCUGGAUCGGUGCGAGGAAUUCUCCCAGAACUGCGAUGCUGAAAAGGACCACUAUGAAAUCACCCUUCGGAUCGAAAGCAUGGACAAAUUAUGGAGCUCGUUCGAGGAUGUGCAAUCUGACAUCGAAUGCCACGAUGAAUCCAUCCAGGGGGAACCUCAACAUAUGGCUACGCGCGAGAAAUUUGAAUCGAAGUUUUUCCGUGUAAAGGGCGUGCUGCUGUCGAAAAUACCGGAUACGCCGAACCCACAUAGCACGCAUCAGCAAUCUCAACCGAAUUCAUCGCAUCUAGCUGCAGUCAAAUUACCGACCAUCAACCUUCCUGAAUUCAGCGGGGACUACAACCAGUGGUUAACGUUCCAUGAUACAUUCAUCGCCUUAAUCCACUCUUCCACCGAACUUUCGACCGUGCAAAAAUUCCACUAUUUGCGGGCGGCGGUAAAAGGCGAGGCGGCUCAACUGAUCGAAUCGCUCACCAUCAGCUCCAUGAAUUAUGCUGUGGCAUGGCAGGUUUUGGUCGACCGGUAUUCGAACACCUAUUUGCUGAAAAAACGCCACCUUCAGACGAUGUUGGAUCACCCUAAAAUGAAACGAGAGUCAGCUAAUGGAUUACAUGGUCUCAUCGAUGCUUUCGAGAAGCACACGAAGAUCUUGAAGCAGUUACAGGAACCUGUCGACGGUUGGAGUACAAUCUUAGCACAUCUGCUAUGCGCUCGCCUGGAUGACGUCACACUGAAGUUGUGGGAGGAUCAUGCUUCUACAUUGACGGAGCCGAACUACACUGCCCUCAUCGAAUUCCUGCAACGGCGGACACGUGUGCUCGAAUCCCUUUCGGUUAACUCUUCCCAAGCAGCGCAAUCAACUUCGUCACAACCCCUGCCCUCAAAGCGUUUCGGCCCUGCGAAGGUGUAUACUCAUGCUGCUUCCGAUGAGCGAAUCUUCAAAUGCGUAGCGUGCUCGCUGAAUCACCGUUUGGUGGAAUGCAUCGAAUUUCCCAAGAUGCCACUGGAGAAACGGCUGGACCUGGUGAACUCGAAUCGGCUGUGCAGCAAUUGCUUCAGGACGGACCACUUCGUGAAGAACUACCAAUCGAUAUUCCGUUGCAAAACCUGUAGAGGAAAGCACCACACGAUGAUUCAUCCAGGGUUUCCCAACUCGAAUUCAGUUUCGAACGUAGCGACGUCAAGAGGAUCGGAAGACAGCGAGAACGGGUCACCCUCAACAAUAGUCAACACAGUAGCGGUCGGUUGCAGUACGUUCUUGAUGACAGCGGUUGUAAAGGUCGUCGACCGCCACGGGAAUGAACUGUUUGCUCGUGCAAUGCUAGAUUCUGGAUCCAUGUCAAACCUAAUGACGGAAAGGCUCGCUCAACUGCUGCGCGUGAAGGGACAGAAGGUGAAAAUCGACGUACAUGGUGUAGGCACAGGCGUGGUAAAAUGCUCCCAAACCGUAUCCGUGGAGGUGCGGUCUCGAUUGACAGACUUCGCCAUGACUAUGGAAUUCUUGGUACUGAACAAGGUCACUGCCAAGCAACCCGUCGAAAGUAUCUCCACGCAUUCAUGGACCAUCCCUGAGAAUGUAUCAUUGGCGGAUCCGAAGUUCAACGUACGAGGCGAAGUGGACCUAAUUCUCGGAGUGCAACACUUUUUCUCGUUAUUUGGCCAAACCCCUCCGAUUCAUCUGGGACCCAACCUUCCUUUGGUCGUCGAAACCGUAUUUGGAUGGGUCAUCGCCGGAAGCGCUUCACUACAACCACACUCUCGGAUCACCAUCUCUAACUGUGUCACAGCUGAACCAUUGGGUCGUUUGAUAGAACGUUUCUGGGAAGUUGAGGAACUGGUCGACCGGAAACAACUAUCUAUCGAAGAGGAGGACUGCGAGGAGCUCUACAACACAACAACGACGCGAGAUGAAGAAGGGCGAUACGUCGUCAGAAUGCCGAAGAAACCGAUGAUCGAUCAAAUGUUGGGAGAAUCCAAGUCAUCGGCCCUGCAUCGUUUCAACCUACUGGAAAAAAGGCUUGAAAGGAACGAGGAACUUCGAACGGCAUAUCACAAAUUCCUGCGAGAGUACCUUGAUUUGCAGCAUAUGGAGUUGGUUCCUGAUUCCGAGCAGCAAUCCAAACGAAGUUUCUACUUGCCCCAUCACCCUGUCCUGAAGGCUUCCAGCACAACUACAAAAUUGAGGGUUGUCUUCGACGGAUCGGCGAAAACUAGUACCGGAUGCUCCCUAAAUGAGGCACUGCUUGUGGGCCCUGUCGUACAGGAUGAACUACUGCACAUUGUGAUUCGUUUCCGGAAGUAUGCUGUAGCUAUGGUCGGAGACAUUGAAAAGAUGUACCGUCAGGUGACGGUCCACCCUGAGGACAGAUCUCUUCAACAAAUCUUGUGGAGAUUCGACACAUCCGAACCUAUUCGUACCUACCAACUUCGUACCGUUACCUACGGACUGGCUCCAUCAUCGUACCUAGCAACCAAAACACUCCUGAGACUCGCCGAGGACGAAGGACAAUAUUACCCGAAGGCAGCACCACUGGUUCCGAAAUGCUACUACGUCGAUGACUUCAUUGGGGGAGACGACACUGUGGAAGGAGCCAUCACUUUGCGAAAUGAGAUGGGUGAUCUGAUGGCCAAAGGCGGCCUUCCCUUACGAAAAUGGACAUCGAAUCGUCUGGAAGUACUCCAAGGACUUCCCCAAGAUCAAAUCGGAACAUAA